GAUAUGAAAGGCUCUGAGAAAUUUAAGGUGAUAUGAAAAGCGAUGAAAAAUUGAAGACACCCGAUUUCGGUUCUUGCGCCGAGCUCUCGCGUUUUGUGCUGACCGCGGACUCGGCUUGGGAUAAUCCCCGACAAAUCCCCGGGGGGAAGCCCUCUCGACGUAAUCGCGGGUAAUCGCGAGUAAUCCUGGGGAAGGUGAGUAUAUCAGAGGGCGACUCCACCGCGGGCGCGAUUCUCGGGGACGGCAGGUUCCCGGAGGGUCCAGGUGCGAAGGCGAGUCCCCGAAGAAGGCGAGGAUGAACUCCAGCUCCACCGGCCUGGAGCCUUCCUGGGGGGCCAGGACGAUGCCGGGAGGACCUCCACGGCUUCUGGGCUGGAACGUGCCACCGGAAGAGCUCGUCCAUAUCCCGGAACACUGGCUCGUUUACCCGGAACCCAAUCCUUCGCUGCACUACUUGCUGGCUCUCCUCUACGUCCUCUUCACCUUCGUCGCCCUCCUCGGCAACGGACUCGUCAUCUGGAUCUUCUGCGCGGCCAAGUCCCUGAGGACUCCCUCCAACAUGUUCGUGGUGAACCUGGCCCUCUGCGACUUCUUCAUGAUGAUCAAAACGCCGGUCUUCAUUUACAACUCGUUCAACACGGGCUUCGCACUCGGCAAUCUGGGUUGUCAGAUUUUUGGGCUAAUUGGCUCAUUUACCGGCAUCGGAGCCUCCAUGACGAACGCCGCGAUCGCCUACGACAGAUACAGCACCAUCGCUCGACCCCUGGACGGGAAACUCUCCCGAGGUCAGGUUAUGCUCUUCAUCGUCCUGAUCUGGACCUACGUCCUCCCCUGGGGCCUGAUGCCCCUGAUGGGCGUCUGGGGGCGCUUCGUCCCCGAAGGCUUCCUUACCAGCUGCACCUUCGACUACCUUACCGACUCCCCCGAGACCCGCUACUUCGUCGGCACCAUAUUCACCUUCUCCUACGUCCUGCCGAUGGUGCUCAUCAUCUACUACUACAGCCAGAUCGUCAGCCACGUCGUCGAACACGAAAAGGCCCUCCGGGAGCAGGCCAAGAAGAUGAACGUCGACAGCCUCCGCAGCAACGCCAACAGCAACGCCCAAAGUGCAGAGAUCAGGAUCGCCAAGGCGGCCAUCACGAUCUGCUUCCUCUUCGUCGCGUCCUGGACACCUUAUGGUGUUAUGGCGAUGAUCGGUGCCUUUGGGGAUCGUUCCCUUUUGACUCCUGGAGUGACAAUGAUCCCGGCUUGCACCUGCAAGGCCGUCGCCUGCCUGGACCCCUACGUAUACGCAAUCAGCCAUCCCAAGUACAGGCUGGAGUUGCAGAAACGACUACCCUGGCUGGAACUGCAGGAGAAGCCUCCACCAAGCGACUCCGUCAGCACCACAACGGAAGCAGUCAAUGCGCCUCCUGCAGCGAGCUAGUCAACAAACCUUUAUUCUUUCUUCCACUUAUAUGCCUCACCUGACUCAACUUUACACACCUAUUUAUUUAUUACCUUACGUUACUUACCUAGUUAGUGCCAUUCCUUCAGAUGAUCGAUGCAUGUAAAUAAGUCCACCGACAGCUGCAGUUGCAACUCCUGACUCGAUGUGCAAAAUAAUACACCGUAAGAUGAACGUAGGCUUCGACGUGCUUUCAAGUUGACACCGAAACCCACGAAGAACAUUUAGACAACUAAAAACUGGAUGAUGCAGGCCAAAACUGGGAAACUGAUUAAAAAUAAACUGUUACGGAGGUUACCAACAGAGAUAUUUAUUUGCCUUCGAACUCUUCGAGUCUUCGACUAUGGAUACGAAGCCAUUAAUGUUAGUGGUGAUAAGAUUGUUGCUCUUGACAAGGCUCAGGAGUCAUUACUUUGGCACGAAGCAAUAUCAGGUUUCGAAUAAAACUACUUCUUCUGCCGUUCCUUUGAUGCAGAAGAUCGGAAGGUUCCUAACCUGACUUUGUUCGACUACUUAUAUAUUACCUUAUGUGUU